AAAUGGUGGGUUAUAGUCAGAUACACAAGUUUUUGGCAAUUUGUUUACUAUACAUGUAAAUAACAAUGGAAAACUACUUGGCACCAAUAAUUUCUCGGAAGGCCCUAACAACUCACCUUUUUUAUGUGUACCAAUUACAACUCAUAAAAAUCAAAGCCAUAAGAAAGAGAUAUUCAUUUUUAUAUUGGCAUAAAAUUAAAAGACUCAGAAAUUUCUCUUUCAAUUAUAUCCUCCUCUUCGUCUGCCGCUUCUUUCUCCUUUCAUCACUACUCUCUCCCAUGGCUUCCACUGAAAUUGCCCACAACUUUUCCCCUAUGAUUAUCGUUUAUAAAGACGGUCGCACCGAAAGACUCGUCGGCAAUGAAUUAAUCGAUCCCUCUCUUGACCCUUUAACAGGCGUUGAGUCCAAAGACAUCAUCAUCUCGCCCGAAACCCCCGUCUCUGCUCGGAUUUACAGGCCCAAACCCACCGCAGAACCUCACAAGCUUCCUCUUCUCAUUUAUUUUCACGGCGGCGGCUUCUGCAUCGAAUCAGCAUUCUCUCCUACCUAUCACAACCAUCUCAACUCCUUAGUCGCUGAAGCCAACGUCAUCGCUAUCUCCGUCGAGUACCGGCGAGCUCCGGAAUACCCACUUCCGAUCGCUUAUGAAGAUUGCUGGACUGCUUUGAAAUGGGUUGCCGCCCACUCGGCUGGAACCGGGCCAGAGGAGUGGUUGAAUGAAAUUGCAGAUUUGAACCGGGUUUAUUUCGCCGGAGAUAGCGCUGGAGCCAACAUCGCUAAUAAAAUGGCGAUCCGGGUCGGAAUCGAAGGGGUGGCCGGGUUGAAUCUAAAGGGAUUGAUGUUGAUUCAUCCUUAUUUCUGGGGAGAGAAAUUGAUCGGAGACGAAGAGAAGCUGAAGCCGGAAGAUAGAUGGUUUAUUGAGAAAUUGUGGUAUUUGGCUUGUCCUACGAUUAGCGGGUUAGAUGACCCGGUUGUGAACCCGGAAUUUGAACCGAAAUUGGGGGGGCUAGCGGCGGAGAGAGUGGCGGUUUAUGUGGCAGAGAAGGAUUCUCUGAAAGACAGAGGAUGGUUUUACAGUGAGUGUUUGAAGAAAUCGGGAUGGGGCGGCGCUGUCGAGGUGGUGGAGACGAAAGGCCAAGGCCACGUCUUUCAUUUGUUCAACCCUACCUCAGACGACGCGGUUGAUUUCGUCGGAAAGCUUGCGACCUUCAUCAACGGCGGAUCCCGAGAUUGAGCAGAUAGGAGGAUAAAAUAAAAAAAUCAGCUCCACCUCCAGCUCCACCUCCAGCUCCAGCUCCACCUCCACCUCCUUGUUUGACGGCGGAAUUUGAAAUAAUUUUUAAAUAAAUUUCCUUUUGUGUUGUUUAAUGAUUUUGUAAUUUGGAGGGGGAAAAGAAUAAAGGGAUUGUGAAAGUGAAAUAAGUUUUUUUUUCUCUUAA